AUGUUUGGGAGUGGGACUCGAUCAAAUUCAUCAGAUGCUAAUAUAGGCACAACCACAACCAUAGGUGCAACAACCUCCUUAGGUUCAAGACCUAGAAGUAAAAAUGCUUCGGGAAAUAGGACUAAUAUUGGGUGGAAACAUGGGACAGAUGUUUUAGGGAAUGGUAAAAAAGUUAAGUGCAAAUAUUACUCAAAGAUAAAAAAAAGGGGAAUUUUUAGAUUCAAGCAUCAUCUUGCUGGGACUAGAUGGGAUUCUGAACCUUGUCCUUCGGUGCCAGAAGAAGUUAAGGUGCUUAUGAUGAAAGUUGUUGCAGAGGUUGCUAACGCAUCAAAGAAGAAAAGAAAAUUGAACAGUUUUCAUGAAGAAGGUAUAUAUACUGAGGGGGUGGAGACAAAUACCACUCAAAGUGGAAUAGAAGGGAAAGUGAUGUUUACUUUCAAAGGAAGAGGAAAAGCAAAAUUUGUUCAAGCUAGUGGUGAGGGAGUUCAAGCAACUUUAAAUCAAUUGUACAAAAAAGGUGAAAAAGAUAAAGUUGAUGAUCAAUGUGCUGAAUUUUGGUACACAAGUGUCAUUUCAUUCAAUGUAAUUAAAAAUCCAGCUUUUGCAAAUUUUUGUGACAUGGUUGCGAGAUAUGGGUUGGGCUAUAAACCUCCAUCUUAUCAUGAUAUCAUAGAGAAGCUUUUGAAAAGAGCAGUGGAGAAAACUAAUUUAAUGCUUCAAGAAUUUAGGGAGGAGUGGAAGAGAACCGGUUGCACAAUUAUGUCUGAUGGGUGGACAAAUAAAAAAAGGCAUUCAAUUUGUAAAUUUUUUAUGAACAGUCCAAAAGAAAUUGUAUUUCUUUAUUCGUUGGAUACCUUAGACAUCUCAAAAACAACUGACAAGGUGUUGAAGAUGUUGGAUGAUGUAGUGAAUUUUGUUAGAGAGGAGAAUGUAGUGCAGGUGGUUACUGAUAAUGCUACAAAUUACAAAGCAACUGGAGAAUUGUUGAUGCAGAAAUGA